AUGUCUGGUAGCAAUUCCUGUGGAAGCGGCACAAGCAAUACAAUAAGAUAUUCCAACCGAGGACGAAACGUCAACUCACCUCCGGAACCUCAUAAGAUGGAGUACGAGCUAAACAAAGAUGGUGAACUUGUUCUGGUUUCCAGUGGGUCGGAUGUCAUCUACGAGGAGGAUGAACGAAAAGUUGCCGGGAGCGCUACUAUCCAGAACCUUAACUGCGAUGACAAAACUUCUCUUGAAAUUGCUGCUACCUCGUCAAGAAGUAAACGCAAGCAAACUUUUGAGCGAAAAAACAUCAAGCGUGUACGUGAGGAGACUACUCUUAGUGAAGGAGCUCAGUCUGCCCAGAAGGCGGAAAUGGAAAGACGGCUUCGACUUCAAAUAGAGCAAAAGACACAGCUUUCGAAGCCGGGUAAUCCUGAUCUUUGGUCACCAAUGUCAAAUAUUCCCUCUAACCAAACAACUUCGCUUCCUUGUUCAGAAAGCACUCAAAUGAAGCCCAAACUAGGCGAAGAUGUGAAGUCUUAUGAGAAAUCUAUUUAUGAUAAUUUGAUUCCAAAAGCAAAUGCUUUGCAAACAGCCUCAACAGCUUCCGAAAAACUAUUCAAGCAAAAACAACUGCAAGCCCUUCAAACGGGUGAUACUGAGGAAACGGCGAUCGUACUGCUUGGCGACUCCGACGAUGACAUCGAGCUCCCUAUCAAUGAUGCCGAUCUGGAAAUUGCAAACAAUCAGGUGAUUGAAUUGAGUGAUGACGACGACCCUGACUUGGCGGGCGAUGAUGAUAAUGAAGGGGAUAACAGGGAAGAAGAUGAGGUGCAAGCAGAGUUUUGUGAACUACGUGAUGCCGAAAACUUGCCUGACUCCGAGGGCCGCAUCUGCAUCCGCCGCGGCGCAACGCUAGCCGAGUCCUUCUACCUUGCUCCGCAUAUUGCCCGUGUUAUCAAGCCGCAUCAGGUGAGCGGUGUGCGUUUCCUGUUCGACAAUCUGGUGGAGGAUCAGACGCAAUUCGAACGCAAUUCUGGCUUCGGUUGUAUCCUGGCACAUUCUAUGGGUCUGGGGAAAUCCAUCCAAGUGAUCGCCUUCCUCGAUCUCAUCUUCCGUUAUUGUCGUCCUCCUCCUCGCACUGUCCUUCUCAUCGUUCCCAUCAAUACUCUUCAGAAUUGGCAAACGGAAUUUCAAACAUGGCUGCCAUCUGUUCUCUACCCUACUGAUGAAGAAAAGCCAAAAAUAAAUGGUCAUCAGUCCACUACUAACACUGCUUUCAAUACCCCCACUACAGUGACUGCGGUGACGUCGCACCAAAUGCCUCCUGUUGUACAUUCAGAGCCCUCUCUCCUAUCUCUCAUCAAUGACUCUCCUCCGCCGCCUCCCCCCUCGAAUCUCUCGGAGAUGGAGCCAAGUGAGCUGAAAGUUACUACUGGGGAACCACAAUUCCCACCUCCCCCACCUUCGACAUCACCACUCUUAAAGCAAUCAAAAGCUGAAGGCGCGGUUCGGGAAUCGCCAUCAUUUCGAUUGCAUGUGAUCAAGGAUACUACCAAAUCUCUUGAUGCUCGGUAUCAGGUGGUAUCGGAAUGGGCCCACGUUGGAGGCGUUCUUCUCAUGGGUUACGAGAUGUUUCGACUAUUAACGAACCCACGGAAACAAAACCGAGUAACCACCGUUUCCAGUGGAGGUCCCUUUGUCUACAGCAGCGGCAUCCCAAUGAGCGCAUCUACUAGCGCCCUUUUCUCGCCCCCAAAUCUAUUACCUGACCAUGAGAAGCCUUCCAGCAGGAAGAGAAAACGUCCCAUUACCAUUGACGUUGAAAAGGAGGAAAAAGAGGAACAUAUGCUUUCUGAUAUGCGUAUUGCCUUGACUGACCCUGGUCCUCAAAUUGUCAUAUGCGACGAGGGUCAUCGCAUCAAGAACAGUGAGGCGUCCAUUUCCAGAGCUUUGAAAGCUCUUCGAACUCAGCGUCGGGUGGUCCUGACGGGGUAUCCAUUGCAGAACAAUUUAAUGGAGUACUGGUGUAUGGUGGAUUUUGUGCGUCCUAAUUACUUGGGCACGAAGGCCGAAUUUACCAACAUGUUUCAACGUCCUAUUGAAAAUGGGCAGUGUGUGGACAGUACAGAGGCAGACCGAAAACUAAUGCAGGGUCGAGCUCAUGUGCUACAUGAACUUCUCUCCGGCUUCGUUCAACGUCGAUCCCACGCAGUUCUCAAGGCUAGCCUUCCCCCGAAGCAAGAAAUAGUUCUAAUGGUUCGGAUGUCUCCACUGCAACGACGCCUCUACACCGCCCUUAUGAGUCAUAUAUCUAAUUCCUCAAAUAUGUAUGGCACUGUUCUCCCUCCAGCCAACACUUUGCAAACCUACGCACUGUGCUGCAAGAUUUGGAACCAUCCAGACGUAUUGUGGCGAGUGGUCAAGGAGAAUGUGGACGAGAUGAUGGACUUUGAGUUGGAUGAUGCAUCGAACACAGCAAGUGGUGCUUCUAACCAACGAACAAAGCGAAAAUUUAACGGGAACAGUUCAGUGGUCUCUGGUGGGAGUGCAACCAAUGAUGAUAAGUACGUGUGGGUGACUGGCGACCUCUGGGGUGCUGACUUUAAGGCUGGUGAUGUUCGCAACAGCGGGAAACUACUUCUAUUUCUUUCUCUCCUUUGGGAGAGCGUUCGCGUGGGUGAUAAAAUGCUCCUCUUCUCUCAGUCUUUGCUGACGCUGGAUCUCAUUGAACGCCUUUUGGGUCGACUCCCUCUGGACUCCGAAAGACCACCUUCUCCAUCACAUUCACAGACGACUCAAGAGCAGCUGGACCAACAACAAUUAGAAGCGGAGGAAGAAACAGAGAAAACUGUACACUAUCGCUUCAAUCGUCGUAUUGGAAAUGAUCCAUCGAAGCAGCCCCAGGUGUGGGUCAGAAAUGUGCAUUAUUUUCGGUUGGAUGGAAGCACGUCUGCUACUGAUCGGGAUCGUCUUAUCCGCCGUUUUAAUGAUCCUACCAAUUCGGUCAGACUGUUUCUUGUUUCAACGAGAGCCGGUUCCCUUGGAGUGAAUCUUGUGGGUGCCAACCGAGUUGUAGUGUUUGAUGCCUCGUGGAAUCCUUGCCACGAUUGCCAGGCUGUGUGUCGUGUCUAUCGUUACGGGCAAGAGAAACCCUGCUACAUAUAUCGUCUUGUAUCCGACAAUACGAUGGAACGAAAAAUAUACGACCGUCAGAGUUUGGUCCCGCUUCAGGUAAACAAACAGGGUGUGUCAGAUCGCGUUGUUGAUGAAAUGAACCCAGGACAGCAGUUCACACGAGCCCAGGUGGGAAUUCUGACGGCCUAUGAAGACAAGGAAAUGCCUUCGCUCUCUGACGAGGAUUUACAGUCUAUAUCUGAGCUCACGAGUAGUGAUCCUGUGCUGAGGGCAACUUUGGAGCGCAAUAGAGAGUGGAUUACGACGAAACCCUUCACCCAUGAGUCUCUCUUGAUCGAUCGAAAGGACUAUCGCUUAACGCGUGUUGAGAAGCGCAUCGCGCGCCAGCGCUAUGAGGAGGAGCGUAGGGUCUCCUCUUCUUCCUCCAUGUACAGAAACAGCGCUGCAGCGACUGUCCUUCAGUACCAUCAAUAUAUGAUGGCUGCUGCCGCCGCCACAAAUGCCCCAUUCAAUCCCUACGGCAAUAUACCAGUAAAUUUCACCACUUCACAACGUGGUACUCCGAAUAUUCUCUCGAGAAACAGCAACACAGUACACCACCAAACCCACCCCAUUUUCCCUCCGACGCCCUAUUCCUUCAUAUCGCCCGUGAUGGACGAUUCAGUCGCGCGCCGCUAUGAGGGCAUUCAGCGUAACCGAAUGUUACAAAAGGAUCUUGACGAGGCUCGAAUACGUGCGGUGUCUCGUGAGAUCGGUAUUACUCUCCCUAGCGGACCUUUGGGAAAUGACUAUAAGAUUACACGCGUUGCUGCCUCAACGGACCUCAUUUUUCCCCAAUCAACACACCCACCGGCCCCUGAGCGGAGUAUAUCCAAGGGCGAAGUAGUGGAAAUCAUUCAAGCUGGCAACAACGGCAAGUAUCUCCGACUGCCCCGCACAGGUGACAUCUAUGUCGUAAAACCAGGAGCCAAGGAGACAAGUGGUCCUAAUGACACUCCACAGCAGCAGCAUGGUGAACUGCAACAUCAGGCAGGGAAGGUCACUCAAGCAUCCGCUUCGACUUCUCUUCCGCCCUCAUCGUCGACUAUCUCUCCUCUCUGUCCACGGUGUCGGCAUCCCACCUCACCGAGCUGUAUCUGCUCCAACACUCUUUAUCCCGUUCCCACUGCGUCAACUUCUGCUUCUGUUCCACCUCCUCCUCCGGCAGCCAUAUACCACCCCCCCACCUACACGAAUCAAUAUGCUCCAACGGGAUCUUACGUCCCGUCCACUACGCCCCACAGCUACCCGAAUUACUGA